GUGCCUUCCUUUACCUCAAAACUGUAAAGGAAACAAGCCGCUUGACACACUUGAGGCUGCAUGACCAUCCAGGGAAGUGGGGAGCCACUUCUGAAUUCAGAGUAGGACUCACCAGGAGAUACCUGUUCUUCUGAGCCUGAACAGACUGUGGCUUCUGAGGAAACCCUCAGCCCCCAAACCUGAGAGUCUAAGCAGUGCCAGGAAGCAGCCCCAGAAUUUGGGGGCUCAUUACACACCCCAACCAUGUUCCUGCGACAGCUUGGUGGCUGGCUACCUCGCCCCUGGGGCCGCUGGAAAUCAACGAGGCCUGACCUGCCCGCCCCAGAACCCAGACGGAUGGACAGCUCCUCUGAGAAUUCAGGGAGUGACUGGGACAGUGCCCCAGAAACCAUGGGAGAUCUGGGGCCUCCCAAGACCAAGGACUCAGGUGCACAGAGGAGCUCUGGGGCUGCUCCAGAACCAAGCAGGGAGUCCCAAGUUGAGCAACUGGGGUGCAAAAGAAUGGAUUCUCUCAAGUGGGACGAGACUGUCUCUAGCACUCAAGAGUCUGGGAGAUUGGAGGCUGGAGAGACCAUUCCCAAACUAGGAUGGGAUCCUGUGGACUCAGGUGGCACCAGGAAGCCUGGUGUGUCCCCUGAAGAGGGACUGAGCCCCCCUGGGCCUGAAGCCCCAGCGGAGAAGCCUGGCCAGCAUCAGAAGCUGCUGGGCUGGCUGCGGGGGGAAACAGGUGGGGGAGCAGGGGCUCCCUACCAGUACCUGGGGGACCCAGAGGAGUGUCUGCAGAUCUCCACCAACCUGACCCUGCACCUGCUGGAGCUCCUGGCCUCAGCCCUGCUAGGGCUGUGCUCAAGGCCCUUGCGGGCAGCCUUGGACGCACUGGGCCUGCGUGGACCGCUGGGCCUCUGGCUGCAUGGGCUACUGUCCUUCCUGGCUGCCCUGCAUGGGCUCCAUGCCGUGCUGAGCCUACUUACCGCUCACCCCCUGCACUUUGCCUGCCUCUUUGGUCUUCUACAGGCCCUGGUGCUGGCUGUCAGCCUCCGGGAGCCCAGUGGGGAUGGGGAGGCCACUGACUUGGAGGGCGAGAAGUUGGGGAGGGAGGGUGAGGAGCAGAGGGGAGACCCAGGAAAGAGGCUGUGACCACGGGGUGGGGUGUGGCCCAGCGUCCCACCCUCAGUGGGUUGGGAGCAAGGGUGAAGAUAGUGUGGGGGCACAAUCCACAUUGUAAGCACAGGGACCUCAGGGAUGGGGCAGAAACCCCAGAGUAUGAGGGCACAGAGGCCCCGCCCCCCUUCACACACAGGAGAGUUGUUUAGGGUGUCUGUGUUUAUGGACAGUGGGGGCAUUGGCCUUGAAUUCACCAGCUGUUGUUAAUUUUUGCUUUUACAUUUCUCCCACUUCCAGUUUUUUUUUUUCCCACCUCCGCUUUUUAAAA